UUUUAAAUUAAACUUGGCUCCUAGCACUCAGAUUAGCUUGAUGUUUACGAGAUGUACAUGAAGGCAGCAUUAGCUUGGCGUGUUUGAUUUGGAGUUUCUGAGUUUAUGAAGGUUCUUGGUGUCAAACGUAGACAAAAACUGAUGCAUUAUCAACAGUAAACUAUAAUAGUUAGACAUGUAUUUUCGUAAUAUUUUUCGGACGCAGUUGGUCGGGACCAGGGCGUGUCUGUUCAACCCUCUCCAGCGUGUUUAUCGAGCUGAGGUAGCUGCUAUAAAACCAACCCUUUUGCUUAUCAUAAACAUUUUCAUUUCGUUUACUGUUGCUGAGCAUUUUCACAACACACACUCUGGUAGCAAUGUUGGUGGCAGUGGGGAAGCUUCAGUGUCCCACCACCAAGAGAGAUCACUCUGCACAAAAAGUGAUGAGGUGAAGCUGGCAGAGGAGGCCAGCAAAAGAUACGGUUCUCCAGGUCCAACCAUCUUCUCCAAAGUGAUUGAUAAAAGCAUCCCUGCAGAUAUUAUCUAUGAAGAUGACAAGUGUUUGGCAUUCAGGGAUAUCAGUCCACAGGCUCCCGUUCACUUCCUGGUUAUUCCACGGGUCCCCAUUCCUCGAAUAAGCGCAGCUAAAGAUGAUGAUGCUGAGCUCUUGGGGCAUUUGUUGGUUGUUGCUAAAAAUGUGGCGAAGCAGGAAUCUCUUAGUGAAGGCUACAGAGUGGUGAUCAAUGAUGGAAAGCAUGGAUCUCAGUCGGUGUACCACCUUCACAUCCACGUCCUGGGAGGAAGACAGAUGGAAUGGCCGCCGGGAUAAAAGACUCACACUGAACGGUCGAAACAUCUGGAGUCAUCCUUUCAAGAAACUAGAUUUUUCUCUGAUUAAUUAAACCAGUGGUUUGUCAGGUUUUUUUAGUUCUUUAAUGUUGUGCUUUGACUGCACAACAUGCUGAAAUAUCGAUGCUUUUAGCUAAUAGCUCCUUGAAAAUCAGGUUGUUGGAGAAAAAACACAAUUUAAUAAAUGUCAGAACUGUUGUCAUUUUAUAAAGAGGCAUUUAUACUGUUGUAAUUAAGCUAUUAAGCUAUUGCUUAAUUACAACAGUGUAAUUAAGCAACAGUGUAAUUAAGCAAUGAGCAUAUUGAAAAGGAAAGCCAUCGGUUUGACAAAUCCAGCUCUAUUUCAUUUAUCUGUGUUCAGCUUGAUUAAAGAACACAAGUAAACAUGAGAUGACAUCUGUCUGUACAGAAGUUAUUUUGUCUUCUGAAAAUUUAUGUACAAUAAAAUGAACAUUUGAAAUGUAAAUAGAUUGAUCUAUCAGCAAGUUGGUUAACAUGGCUUUAAAUAAAGACUAACUAUAUUUUA